AUGGGCAACGUUCUCUGCAGCUGGAAGAAGCUCGAAUGCCGUAAGCGAUCUCUUGCCGCAGAAAUCAAUCCGACCUUGAGCAAGCGCACGAAAGGAUUCGGUGAGGCGCUCGUUAGCCAGCCGUCGCCCUCUGCAACAUUUGGAUUGGGCGGUCCCCCACAACCAAAAGACGCUCCUCAACAAUCGAGCUUCGUCCAGUUCGGAAACAACAAGCUGCCCAUGUCACUGGCCAUAGUUGCUCUCGUGUGUUCGGUCCUGGUCUUAUUUGCCUUAAUCGGGGCUACAAUCUACUGCUGCUGUGCAAGCCGACGCAAAAUUCGGGCCCGCAAGGCGGCCAGAAAGGCUCGAGCUGAUGCGAGAAACAACACGCCGUACUCGGAUAACGUGGAGAUGGGUAAUUACAGCAAGCUGUCCCAGAUCGACCGCGCACCAUUCUUCCAUCGAAACCUCGACAAAUUCGACGCAGCUGACGUAGAGCUUUGUACGGGAAUCGGUGUACCACGCCAAGAGUAA